AUGUAUCGAAUGGUCAAGGUCGUACCAGAGCAUACUGACUUCCAGCGAGUACUGUGGAGAGAGAAUCCUAGUGAAGAAGUCAAGGACUGCAGGGUGUUAAGAGUUACCUUUGGUGUUUCGUCGGCCCCAUAUCUAGCAGUUAAGAGUUUGCAAGAACGCAACACCGGUCUUUCUUGGGAUCAGGAAGUUACGUCGAACCUGCUGGAUGAGUGGAUUUCGUUUCGCGACAACUUACCUGCUCUCAACCAAGUCACGGUGCCCCGGUGGGUCAAUAAGAUUAAAUACGAACACCUCAAUACAUCCCGGAAACAAUGGGAACAAAAACUAAGCGAACAGGCUGAUCGAUUGCCUACACUAAGCGAGUUCCAAUCAUUCCUGGAAUCAAGAUAUCGAGCACUCGAUUAUUUAGAACCAAACCAAAGAAGAGAGUCUAGAGGCAAAGAUGCAGUGGAUAAACCGAAGGUGUUCAGCGUGACGACGUCUGUAUCCUACCCAUUCUGUUCGGGAGAUCACUUGCUUUAUCAAUGCAAGAAAUUUGUAUUAGAAGCCAUCGAGAAUCGCCGGGAGUUCAUCCAGAAGAGAAAACUGUGUUUCAAUUGCUUCGGAGCUAACCAUUCGGUAACUCAGUGCAAACGACGCACGGCUUGUCGGUGCUGUGGCCGACGUCAUCACUCGCUGCUGCACCAGGAAGGCGGCACUCACAAUCCGGCCCUGGCGGGCCCUAGUCAGCCCACUAAUCAACAGCGGGAGCCAGCACAAGAACCGCAGGCGGCGGAUCACGUGGAGCGUGUUGUCAGCCAUUUUUCUAACAGUGAAAUGAGAUCAAGUAGUCAAGUAAUGUUAACUACCGCAUUAGUUAAUGUAUCCAACAAGGGAUUGGCCGGUAUUGUUGCAAUUGCAGAUGGCUGAUCCAGGAUAUGGUACACCAAGCAAUAUAGAUCUUCUACUAGGCGCUGAUGUGUAUGGUCAGGUUUUGUCAGAAGGCAUAUUGAGAAAUCCACCUGGAACAUUGACAGCUCAAAAUACACAGCUGGGAUGGAUUCUGUCGGGACGAGUUUAGGUUAGUGGGGAUACUCCUUGCAUUAUUAGCGCACAUACCCAUGACAACUCAAUCAAUGAUUUGCUGCGUCAGUUCUGGGAGAUUGAAACUGACUAGCAUCAUCCACUUUUAUCCAAGGAAGAAGAAUCCUGUGAAAGAUACUUUGAAUCCACUACAACUAAGGACAGUUUGGGUCGUUAUGUUGUAGGUCUUCCUUUUCGCGACAACAAUCCACUUGCUCAAGAAGAAACUUGAAAAUAAUCCAUUCUUGAAGCAAGAAUAAUCCAAGGUAAUAAAUGUAGCCACCUGGCUAUGAAUCAUAUAGAAGUAAUUAAUGACAAACAAGAAGCUGCUAAGCCAGGAUGCGUUUAUAUACCUCAUCAUGCAGUUGGUUGUUCGCGAGGACAAAAGUACAACGAAGGUCGGCGUUGUUUUCGACGCUUCGUGUAAGGGUACCAGCGGCAAGUCAUUGAACAAUGAUUUAUUGGUAGGUCCAAGGCUUCAACCAGAGUUACGACACAUAAUUAUGAAAUGGCGUACUUAUCCUAUAUGUUUCGCAGCGGACAUAGUUAAGAUGUAUCGAAUGGUCAAGGUCGUACCAGAUCAUACUGACUUCCAGCGAGUACUGUGGAGAGAGAAUCCUAGUGAAGAAGUCAAGGACUGCAGGCUGUUAAAAGUUACCUUUGGUGUUUCGUCGGCCCCAUAUCUAGCAGUUAAGAGUUUGCAACAAGUGGCAAAGGACUGAACCCACCAUCGCUCUGGUUUGGCUGAAGGGACAGCCAAAUCGAUGGAAGACCUUCGUCGCAAAUCGAGUGACUGAAAUCCUGACAGUUUUUAAACAACGACCAAUGGUCGCUUGUGGAGUCAUGCCAGAAACCAGCCGAUUGUGCAUCCCGGGGACUGGCUCCACAAGAAUUUAUCCACUGUGAACUCUGGUUCCAUGGCCCUACGUUUUUAAGAGAAUCCACGUAUGUAUCGCCAACGGUAAAUAUAUCGACUGAUUUAGAAGCCAAGCCGUUGAAGUCUCAUCACCUAACUAUUUCCGAAGUAGCUGGGUCAGAUCUUCAGACAUGGACGAAGUAUUCAUCUUUAUCAAAAACGGUUAGAGUGGUCGCGUUUUGCAUUCGAUUUAUUAAUAAAUUAAGGUCAAAGCGAUAUCCUUAUUACUUGACGGCUUCCGAAUUAGAUCAUGCAUUAAAGAUAGGAAUUAAGGUUUGUCAGACUCAGGCAUUUUCUAAAGAUAUUGAGCAAAUAAAUAAUACAAAAAAAUGACUUAACAGUUCUGGCGUAAGUAGUCUGCCGAGUACCUCACGACUCUAAAUCAGAGAUAUAAGUGGACUAAAACUACACCAGAACCCCAAUUAGGUGACGUUGUUCUUGUUAAGGAAGAUGGUCUCCCUCCUUCAAAAUGGUUAUUCGGUUUGAUAGAAGAGAAGCACACUGAUCCAGAUAAUGUCACAAGGGUACUAUCAAAUGUAAGAAAUCUAAAAUUGUAAGACCAGUCUCCAAACUUUGCAUUUUGCCUAUCGCUUUUUAACAUUACUUACCUGAAUAACUGUAGAUAUUUCAUGCAAUGUAUGUAACUUAAAUGUAUCUUUGGAUGCAUCAGCUAUUAAGUAUUGGAGUUUACUCCUUUAGAAUCGAUUUACAUAUAUAGGCCCGGGGUAUGAAAAUUAUGGGGACCAAAAUCGUACUAGCAUGUCACACGAAAUGCGUUAUGCGCCUGAUUGCGCAUGUCACACGAAAUGCGUUAUCGCAGGUGACGCCGGGCUGCUGCGCCGGCAGUCCGCCACAAAGCCUCGUACUGAUCGCGCGUUUCUCUCAUUAUUGUAUUUUCAUAUAUUUGUUAGUCGUUUGUUUUGUGUCUCGUUAAUUUGUUAAUAAUCUGUAGUGUAUCGUGUUGUCGUAAUAUAGAACUAUUUCUCGUA